CGCGGCCCUGUUUCUGCAAUACCCAACUCUUUUCAUUUUUAACCUCUAAUGUUCCUCACAAGAAGCGAGUACGAUAGAGGUGUCAAUACUUUCUCACCCGAAGGUCGUUUGUUCCAAGUUGAAUAUGCCAUCGAAGCAAUCAAGUUGGGCACGACGGCCAUUGGCAUUCAAACGUCAAAAGGCGUUGUACUUGCUGUAGAAAAACGUGUUUCUUCACCAUUGCUCGAAGCAAGCUCGAUUGAAAAGAUUAUGGAGGUCGAUUCCCAUUUAGCAGUAGCAUUGAGUGGUAUGGUCGCUGAUGCUCGAACACUCGUUGAUUACGGUCGCGUUGCAGCACAGAACCAUCGAUUUACAUAUGACGAAGCCCUCAAAGUCGAAAGUUUGACCCAGUCCACUUGUGAUUUGGCUCUGCGAUUCGGUGAAAGUGCCGACGGUGAAGAGGCUGUCAUGAGUCGACCUUUCGGUGUAGCAUUGCUUAUUGCUGGUGUAGAUGAAAAGGGACCUCAACUCUACCAUACUGAUCCAUCAGGAACGUUCAUGAAAUACAACGCAAAGGCCAUUGGAUCUGGCUCCGAAGGUGCACAAACUGAGCUCGAGAAAGAAUACCACAAAUCAAUGACCCUGGAAGAAGCCGAGACGUUGGCUUUGACCGUACUCAAAUCCGUCAUGGAAGAAAAGCUCAACAAGGCCAAUGUACAAGUCGCGUCGGUGACACCUACCGAAAGCUUUAAAAUCUACAGCGAAGAACAGUUGCAAUGCAUCAUUGAUCGGCUGUAAUUUCUCGUGGAGGGAAAAGGAGGAAGAAAGAAAGGAACAUUACAAAACACUUUUUAUUUUUUUUUCUCUAACUUUUUUUGUGUGAAGAAUUAAAAAAAAAACAGACAACAAAACA